UCAGCAAACAAGGCGAGCGGUUUCUACGGGUUCUCUCUAUCCAAGUCUGACAGUCUGAUAAUGUAUCCUUCCGCGCUAAUACCAGAGUCCCCAGCCUGUCCGUGCCACGGUGUUUCCGUACUCACUGUUCUUCCACUUACCGAUUCUCGUGGUAACAAAUUCAAUGACUCUUGGUCGGAUGAGAAGAGUAACUUUCGGUUGUCAAGGGAAUCAUCUCCUGCGGUUACCAAAGGAACAAGUCAGCCACCUCUUCCAAGAGAUCCGCGGCAGUGGACACGUGACCACGUAGCCUCGUGGCUGAAACACAUGUCAUCAUGUCAUCGUUUACCUUCGGUAAAAUUAGAACGUUUCCUUAUGAAUGGGAAAGCCUUAUGCUUGAUGAACAUGGAAAUGUUUGUUCAGCGUGUUCCGCUCGGAGGCAAACUAUUGUACAAGGAUUUCCAACUGAGGCUGACUAGUGUGCUCUAUAGCUAAUGGACAGCUGGCAUGAAAAACAUCGACAUAGAUUAUAUAUUAAACGUCUUUGUAAAACUAGUCAAACUCGUAUAUCCCUACAAUAACACGUAAUAAUAACUGUUUAUAUUUAUUUCUUCUCACACUUGAAAUAUGUAAAAUUAGCUUUGGUGUUAUAUUACGGGUGUCUUUGACAAGCUCAAACACACAAUAAUGUAGAUUUUUUCUAUUUUUCAUUGUUAUAUAUGUAACACAAGCAUCAGAAAAU